CGCAGGCAAAAGCUCGAGAUUUGCAAUGGAAACUAACUUUGGCAAUCAGCGACGAGCAAAUAUAAAUCAAAGCUGCGAUCAAAGCGCUUAUGAUGAUUUUGCGCCAGCGCUGCAUAGCACACAAACAGCAGCGGAUAGUUCAUGCGGCGCGCCGCUUAAUCCUUUGUACAUACGCGAGGCGCCACAACAGAAGCCAAAUUGCUGCCGUGCAGCACGAGCGGAGCAAACAAAAAAUUAUGCGCAGUAUGAGCCAUGUGGCAGCAGCAAUGCUAAUCAAAGUUCGUAUAUGCAACGCAUGCAACAACAACAACAACAAGAGCAACAAUGCCAAGGGCCUGAAAUCAGUUGGUUUGGCAAAAAUCAAACUAUGCAGGAUUUUGAGCCUGCGGCUAGAAGCACUAUGAUUGAUCCAGGCUAUCAGCGCAGUCGGCCGCAACAAGCAGCAAGCAAAUCCUCAGCAUGUUGCGCGCCAGCAUACAAAGCGCCAAAGGCAGCGCCUUCGUGUUGCAUGACACAAACCGAAAUUAACUAUGCGCCUUGCCCCAAGGUGAAUGCAGCUAGUCAAGCAACAUUCAUUGACCAUGACCAAUCCAUGAUGCCACCGCCUGCUGCUUCAAACUCUUGUCGUUCGAAUCAAAGCUCGCUCUAUUGCUCGAAUGCGACGCAGCGAACUCAAGCGCAAUGCUGCAACAUCUCUAUGGGUGCAAAUACCCCCGCCCCCGCUUGUGGCACUAGACUAGAUACAUCCAAUAACACACAAAGCUGCUUUGCCAGUUUGUAUAAUAAGAAGCCACCAUCAUCAGAAUGUGACAAUCAGAAUGAUACUUUAACGCCUGAAGAUCGCUUCAUUCAACGCACUCGCGCUUUAUUUUUUGAUCAACUGGUGCAGGAUCAUUAUUGUCCUGGCGUCAUACAGGCAACACUCAAUGGCGACGACGAUUUCAACGAAUACGCGUUUCAAAUCGCAUUCGCUGGCGUUGUGCCCGAUAAGCCCGAGCCCAUUGAUCCGAUGACCAUGCUGGAGGCCAUCAAGCAACGCAUAGAUCAUGAACGCAAUGAAAUAUUGGAUAACUGCGCUCAAGUUGCGCCCGCACCGCCGCCGCCGCCGCCGCAGCCACAAAGACGCGAUCAGGAGCAACAAAGACGCGAGCAGCAGCAACAAAGACGCGAGCAGCAGCGACAAAGACGCGAGCAGGAGCAACAAAGACGCGCUAUGACGGCAAAGGAAUCGAGCAAGGAGAAGAGUAAGAGAGAUAAUACUUCCGAGAAUACGGAAUAUUAUUUUAGCAGUACGCCAAGCAAAUCGAAGAGCAAAAAAAAGAACGAAACAUUCUAUGUAUCAAACAACGAGCAGCCGCGCAGCACAAGCGGAGCAGCCAACUACAGCUGCCGGGAUAUGGACGAUUACUUUGACUCUAAACCCAAUACGGAAGUUAAUGAGGCAGUGCAUGCAUUUCUCAAGGCCGAGCAGGGCUACCGAUAUGAAAAAAUGCGAAAUUCGCGGCCAUUUACGGCGGAUAUUAUUGACCAUGAGUCCGAUUUCUUUGGCAUUCCUAUCAAAAUGAAUAUAUACAGUGGCACAACUAAUCCGUUAUAAACUGGAUUAGUCAUAAAUUUGAUAAGUCAUACACACUAUUUUAUAUUAAAUAAUAUAUAUGCUACUGCUUAUCUAUCAAGAUCGUUUAGCAAUUUGCACACAGCUCAGCGCUUUGUUGACGAAUGGAAUUCAAAUUGUCAAACAAUAAAAGUGUUUUUAAUCUUGAA